ACAAGUUUGCUCAAUAGGAGACUUAUUACAGAGACUCUGUGGAAGAGCAGCCUUCAUGGCCCAUAUAUAGAUGGUCUAGGCUGUCUUUAUCUGGUGGAGACAACUAGCCUGAAAAUGGCUGGAGGAAGAGUGAAGGCAAUGACAA